GCCGCCGGCUGCUCCGCGCUGCGUUCGGCUGCGGCGCGGCGCUGCGCUGCUGCGGGCUGGUGGCGGAUGAGCGAGGCCCCGCGCCGCGUUCUGUUUCUGGUGUUUUUGUUUUCCCUUAGGAAAGCUUGUGUUAUGAAUUCAUCAGGGAUCGUUUUUGAGUUCUGCUUAUGAAUUUUAAGAAAUCCUAAAGUGCAGAAAUUAAAAGAGAAUCUCUGAAAGAUGACCACCUGGGAAGGCGCAUCGCUUCUGGUUAUAUUUUCUCCAGGCCAAAAGAUUUGGACAAUGAUUUGCAAGGAACAAAUAGUUCAGCAUCAUUGGGUGGUCUUGAUGUUCGCAGAAGAAUCCCAAUAAAGCUGAUCUCGAAGCAGACCAAUAAAACCAAACCUGCACCACGGGCUCCCAGAGCUAUGAACAGGAUGCCUGCAAAGACACAAACAGGGGAUGAAGAAGAAUUUGAUUUUAAUGAAGAGGAGCGAUACGAAUGCAAAGGAGGUGAAAUGUUUGGAAAUCAAAGGAGAUUCCCUGGACCCAUAUUUUGGGACUAUAAGAUAAACUUGCUGGGGGAGAAGGAUGAUACGCCCGUCCAUUUCUGUGAUAAGUGCGGAUUGCCCAUCAAAAUGUAUGGGCGCAUGAUACCUUGCAAGCAUGUUUUCUGCUAUGACUGUGCUAUACUACAUGAGAAGAAGGGAGACAAAAUGUGUCCUGGCUGUAAUGAACCUGUGCAGCGCAUCGAGCAGUGUGUGCGAGGGUCUCUCUUCAUGUGUAGUAUAGUCCAAGGGUGCAAGAGAACCUACCUGUCACAGAGAGACUUGCAAGCUCACAUCAACCACCGCCAUAUGAGAGCUGGAAAGCCUGUGACUCGUCCUCCUCUUGAACCUGUCCACCCUCCUAUUGCCCCUCCGCCUGCUGAAAUUCCGGAGCGUUUCAUAAUGCCACCUGAGAAACAUCACAUGAGCCACAUUCCGCCAAAGCAGCACAUCAUGAUGCCGCCGCCUCCCUUACAGCACGUGCCGCACGAGCAUUACAACCAGCCGCACGAAGACAUCCGCCCCCCUCCUGCCGAGAUGUCCAUGGCUCCGCCACCGCCUCGCCCGGUCAGUCAGGACACCUUCCGUAUCUCUACGAGAAAACACAGCAACUUAAUCACCGUCCCUAUUCAGGAUGAUUCGAAUUCAGGGGCUCGAGAACCACCUCCACCUGCCCCAGCACCUGCUCAUCAUCAUCCUGAGUAUCAGGGUCAACCGGUGGUAACGCACCCGCACCAUAUUAUGCCUCCGCAGCAACAUUAUGCGCCACCCCCCCCUCCGCCUCCUCCAAUAAGCCAUCCACUGCAGCAUCCUCCCCAGGCGGCAGCUACUCCUCACAUGGUGUAUAGCCAAGCUCCUCCGCCGCCAAUGACCUCAGCUCCUCCUCCAAUAACCCCGCCGCCUGGACAUAUCAUUGCCCAGAUGCCGCCAUAUAUGAAUCAUCCUCCUCCGGGACCUCCCCCUCCUCAGCACGGAGGCCCACCCGUAAAUGUAAACGCGCCCCCUCCCCAUCACUAUAACCCUAACUCUUUGCCGCAGUUCAGUGAAGACCAAGGAACUCUUAGUCCCCCUUUCACACAGCCAGGGGGCAUGAGUCCAGGGAUCUGGCCAGCUCCCAGAGGGCCGCCUCCACCUCCAAGGAUGCAGGGGCCUCCUGCUCAGGCCCCUCUUGCUGGACCGCACCACCCCGAUCAAGCCAGAUACAGACCCUAUUACCAGUGAUCUGAGCAAUUAUAUGAAUAGAGAGUGCUAUGAAGAGGAUAAAACUAUAUACAGCAGCCUUUUAAUUAAUUGUAUGGGGGUUGUUUUUUUUUUAAAUACUGUCAUUUUGACUGUAAGAUGUUUUGGGGUUUGAAUCUUUAAUGAUUUUUAAGCCUUGGCUGUAGGACUCUGACUUCAAAUAUUCUGUAGUGCUAAAAUAAGUGGCUUAGUAGACCACAGUUGCAUUUUAACAGAACUUCUGUCUAUAGUGUGGCUAAUUGUCCUAAGAUGAACACUUGUAAUAUCACUUUCUGGAGAAAAUGAACAUGUGUUGUACCAUUCUGAAUAUUGUUUUUGUUUAAAUCUGAUGUUUAGUUUUCACUUGUGAUACAUUUUUGUUAACCUGUGUACAAUAAUUAAAUUGAACUAUGGUUGUAAAAGUGGUGGGUUGUUAUGUGAAGUUAACACAGACACGGUUCCAGGACACCGUUCUGGCUCUAAUAUUUCCUACGUGGGAAGCAUAAUGAAGUAGUAAGGAAAUUUUUACAUUUUUUACUAACAUAUGCUGCUACUUACAAUGAAUUCAGGCUAUGGUCAGUUUGUGGCACUAGGAAGCAGGCACGUGAACGCUGCAUUUCAGGUGGCAGGGAUUUUUUUCGUAGUUGUUUUUUAAAUUUGUUCCAUAUCAAAACCAAGAUAAAUUUAUCAGAAAUGCAGCCGUAUUAUAAUGUUGUGGAUAUUGGAUUGUUCUGUUUGUUUGUUUUUUUUCCAGGCUAGAUUUGUUUCAGAAGAUUUUGUUCACAUAUACACUCCUCACUAGUGUUGAAUUCGAACCAUUUUGUUUCCCUGUGGUUCUGUUGGUGUGAAAGCAGCCAGGACAGGCUGGCUGUGUCCAUGAGAGAAGCCAGUUAGUUCUGGUGAAGUGACAUUAACCUCAGUCACUUCACACAGUAUGUGUAGUAGGAACACUUCCCAUUUGGUUACAGGAAAUAAAGGGCCUGAAAUCCCUUGUGGAGAUACAAAAAACAAAGAAUAAAAGCUACGCAUCCUU